AUGAUAGCCACGGGCUUGAUACAAUAUCCGCCUGCAGCAAGCAAACUUGUUGCAGCAUUUGCCGUAAGUACCGUCUUCGGCGCUACUUCUACUGCUCGUUCAAUUGCUGAGCGAGUCAGGGGCCUCGAUUCUUACACUUGGAACACCAUCAUUAGAGGUUAUUUGGAGGAAAAUAAACCUAAAAAUGCGUUUUUGGUUUACUCUUGUAUGAGAAAAAAAGCCUUGCAAGUUGACACUUACACCCUCAUGUUUGUUACCAAAGCGUGUGGGUUAAUAUCAUUGACUCUUGGAGAGCAGAUUCAUGUUCAAAUUUGCAAACUGGGUUUUGAAUCCGAGAUUAUAAUUCAAACCGCUUUGCUAAAGGUGUAUGCGUCGUUUGGUGAGCUUAGUGAUAUGGACCAAUUAUUCGACGAAAUGCCUUACAGAGACAUGGUUACAUGGAAUUCACUUAUUGCUGUUUAUGCGCAACAUAGUUCUCAUUUUAAGGUGCUUGAAUUAUUACGUGCCAUGGUGUACAAUGGUUUGAGACCCAAUGAAUCGACUGCUGUAAGCAUGCUUUCUGCUUUCUCUUCUUUGAAAGCGUUAAGGGAGGGUAAAGUUGUUCAUUGUUUUGCGGUCAGGAACUUUGUUAAUUUAGAUGUUUUUGUGUACAAUGCUUUGAUUGGCAUGUAUUCAAAAUGUGGGAAUUUGCCAUACGCUCUUCGGAUUUUUAAAUUGAUGCCAGUAAGGAGUGUGGUUUCAUGGACUUCUAUGAUCAAUGGUUAUUGUGAUAACAAUUUUCCGAAUGAGGCAUUGGAUUUGUUCAAACAAAUGGAGUCUAAAGGUGUAAAACCAGAUGAGAUCACCAUGUUAAGUGUUGUUUCAAUUUGCUCAAAAUUGGGCAGUUUCGAGCUUGGAGAGUGGAUUGACCAGUAUGUUGAGAAGAGUGGGUUUGCAAAAGGGAGUCUUUCUAUAGCAAAUGCACUUAUUAAUAUGCAUGCCAAAUGUGGUAAUAUCGAGAAAGCUUGUCAAAUUUUUGAUGGGAUUCCGGAGAAAACUCUGGUCUCUUGGACUAGUAUUAUACAUGGACUAGCAGUGCACGGGCAAGGAAUUUUGGCUUUGGUUCGGUUCUCCCAAAUGCUAAGGGAAGGGUUUCAACCAGAUGGUAUUGUCUUCCUGAGCAUCUUAUCUGCAUGCAGCUAUGCAGGGUUGGUUGAUGAGGGACGAAAAUGCUUUGAUUCAAUGAUAAAAGAUUAUCAUUUGGAACCAUGGCAGGAGCACUAUACGUGCAUGGUGGAUCUUUUAUGUAGAGCUGGCUUGAUCAAUGAGGCUUUCAAGUUCGUAGUUAAUAUGCCAGUUGAACCAGAUCCAAUUAUGCUGCGAAUUUUGCUGAGGGCAUGUCAAAAUCAAGGGGAUAUUGAUACUGCUAGUCGAAUUAUGAACUAUUUGUAUCAGCUGUGUCCAAAGAGGAGCGAGGACUACCUACUUAUAUCAAAUUUAUAUGCCACAGUCUCCAAGUGGGCUGCUGCUGCUGAAGUUAGGGACCAAAUGAAAUUUAGGGGAUUAAUUAACCGAAAUCCUGGUCGUAGUUCUAUCGAGAUGUCAAACCUCUACAAAGAUUUUUGCGAAGUAUUCCCGGGUGAACCAUUGCCAAAACCUGAAGAUGACACAAGAACUAGCGCAAAGUUCUCCAUUAAGAUUCUCCUAUGGCACAAAUUCAAACCUCUUUAUUUAGAAGAAAUUGAAGUAGUAAACAUCCUUCAUAGUCACAGAACAUUCGAGGUGGAACAAGAUCGAUUUAUAUAUAACAAUGAUACAUCCAAAUCUACCAUAGAAGCUAUGCUUUCUACCAUGUCCAUCCCUGUAAAGGCAUCCCUAGUAAAGGAAAUAUUGAGUUAUGUUAAAGAAAUGACAAAAAAUAAUAUUUACGCAAGAUACAAAAUUCCAAGUAUGCAUGUUCACAUCGGGAUUAUUGUUGAUAAACCAGCAGAAGUUCCUAGGGAUUAUGGGGUGACUGAUUUGAAGCAAAAUUCAUCAUCCAUUUUGGAGAUAGUUAAAGUUGAAGCAUCAAAUGAAGCACCUACAUGCGCAAUUUGUUUGGAAGAAGUUGUGUUUGGAUCUCUGGCCACACGUAUGCCUUGUUCACAUGUUUUUCAUAGUGGUUGCAUUGGUCAUUGGUUAAGCAAGAAUGAAGUUUGUCCGUUAUGUAGGUUUGAGAUGAUCUAA